CUCCCGCCGCCAUCUCCAUCCUCCCGAAAGCGUCGCUGCAGCUGCAGAAGCUGAAUGUUGCCUGGCCUUCUUUGGACUGCGCCCCCCGGGUUCCCUGAGGGAUGUAGCUGUGGAUCUCUCCCUCCGGCCCAGGAUCGUCUUCCCCAGUGCCCAGCACCAUGUCCAGCUCGCUGAGGAAGCGGAACAGCCUGGCUAACGACAACGGCUGCCUGGGCCUGAGCCUGGCCUUGGGGGCCCCGCCAGGGGGGCCGGUCCUGCCGCACAAGGGGCGGUGCGCCUACAGCUGCGGGGAGCUGCAGAGCAUCUUGGGGCUGCCCCCCUCCACGGAGGAGCCCUCCAACAGCAAGUGGAUGAAGGAGGGACAGAACCAGCUGCGACAGGCGGCCGAGCGUGGCCGGGACCAGAACCGCAACGAACUGAGCCUUCCCAGCAAGGAGUUGAGCAGGCUGCUGGUCCCGCUGACAGGGCAGGAGGGCCGAGCAGAGGACCCAGAGGCCGAGGAGGAGGAGGAGGAGGAGGAAGAAGACGAAGAGGAGGAGGAGGAGGAAGAGGAGGAGGAGGAGGAGGAGGAAGGCUCCACCCCGGUCCAGAGUGAGCCUGUGACUGAGUCGGAGCAGAGCUCGGAGCGGGCAUUGCCUCGGGGGGAGCAAGGCCGCAGCGCCAGCCUCCUCUUUGCCACCCGCAACAGCACUGCCAGCGACGAAGAUUCCAGCUGGGCCACGCUCAGCCAGGGCAGUCCGACCGGCAGCUCCCCGGACGAGGCUGACUCCUUCUGGCUGUGUAACUCCCUGGAGACUGACUCGGACCUCCCAGCAGGAUGGAUGCGGGUUCAAGACACGUCCGGCACCUACUACUGGCACAUUCCGACGGGCACCACCCAAUGGGAGCCCCCCCUGUGCAACGGGAGGGGCGACUCGGCAGGAAACACCCCCACCCGGGAGACCCAGCUCACCUGGAUGGACUUUGGGCAGACGGAGCCAACCCCCAAUCCAGACCUCUGGAAGGAGGUUCUGCCGGAGGGGGCGACCCCCAAGUCUCAGUCGGAUGAGGGCCAGCAGCCCUGCUCGGCCUUAGGAUGCCCCGGCCUACGGUCUUCCCUGGCAGCAGGAGGGGAGGAAGCAGCCGGGCUGCUGGGCCUUUCCCCGGGAUCGAAGUGCUUCUCUGUCCACUCGCUGGGCUGGGUGGAGAUGGCCGAGGAGGAGCUGGCGCCGGGCAGGAGCACGCUGGCCGUCCACAACUGCAUCCGGCAGCUGGCCAGGCGGGAGCCGGCCCUGGGGGGCUCCUGGGUGGAGGGCAAGGCCAUGCUACUGGUGCUGGAGAAGGAGCAGCUGAAGCUGCUGGAGCCCCACAAGUGGACAGAGCUACACUGCCUGCCCAUUGCGGCCAUCCGGGUGUGGGGCGUUGGGCAGGACAGCGGAAGGGAGUUUGCCUACGUGGCCCAAGACCAGCUGGCUCAGAUGCUGAAGUGCCACGUCUUCCGCUGCGACGCUCCGGCCAAGGACAUUGCCACCGGCCUCCAUGAAAUCUGCUCCAAGAUUGUGACAGAGCCACACAGCACCCAAAGCUCGCUCCGGGGGCUCUCCCUGGACCCCUCCAAGAUGGUGGAAAUCCCCUUCCAAGUUGAGUUUCCGGCACCCAAAAGUGAAUCGGUCCAGAAAUUCCAGGUUUACUACCUGGGGAGCGUUUCCGUGGCCAAGCCCGUGGGCAUGGAGGUCAUCAACAGCGCCCUGGAGGCGGCCCUGGCGUCUGGCAGCAAGGAGCAGUGGGCGCCCGCUCAGUUCAGCGUGGCACCAGCCACCCUCACCCUCGCCCACCAGCAGACUGACACUGUGCUGUGCGAGUGCCGCGUGCGCUUCCUCUCCUUCAUGGGCAUCGGGAAGGACGUCCGCUCCUUCGCCUUCAUCAUGGCGGCGGCCGGCAGCUUCUCCUGCCACAUGAUUUGGUGUGAGCCCAACGCUGCGGGGCUGAGCGAAGCCGUCCAGGCCGCUUGCAUGCUUCGCUACCAGAAAUGCUUGGAUGCGCGACCCCAGUCCACCGGCAGCUCCUGCCUCCCAGCCCCUCCUGCUGACUCCGUGGCUCGCCGCGUGGGCUCCACGGUUAGGAAGGGCAUCCAGGCCCUGCUGGGGACCCUCCAACCCAAGCACCAGGGGUCCCAGACGCCGUGAGCUCCAGGCAGGAGAGAGGGGGACCCGCCUGCCCACCUGGCCCCUGCCAUCAGCCUCGCAGCGCUUGGCCUGCCCCGGUGCGCGGUGGGUGGGUGGAAGUUCUGCAUGAGUGCAAGAUGUCUGUUUAUGAGGGAAGCGUGGAUCUCCACAGAGGUGUGACCUUCAUGCCAGUGGGGGGGGGGGGGGGGGGGCUUCUCUUUGGGCAGCCCCGCCACGGCUGCCAGACCUUUCCCCCACCGGCCUCUCCCCCCUCCCCGCCAGUACGGUAGACCCUGGAAUUAGCCGCAGCCGCUGCAGAGGACCUGGCUGGCACCUGGCCACACACUGGGGAGGGGUCAGGGUCCCACAACUUCCCCAUUUGCCCAGGAGCAGAGGGGCUGGGGCUGGGGGGGGGGAGCCCCUGCUGUUUGUCUUGUACUAACCCACAAAUAAACUCUGUUC